GCAGCUGUGUUCUUUCUGUCGUCCCAAUAUUUUGUGUGAUAAUAUAUUAUAUUUGUAUAUAACUUGUGGUGGUUGUCUAUAAUUUUGUUUGAAUGUAAACCUGUUAAAAAACUCUGAUUAUUUAUUCACAUCAAUAUCCUGAAAGUGCUUGAAAACAACGCAGAUUGGUCUUAAGUUUAUAAUUGUAUGCUAAUGUGUUUCGGAAGUAAAUAUUUAGUAUUGUUUUUUGAGAUUAAUCCAUGGACGUGGACGAUAUGAGAAUACUUGUUUCCAUCUCCGAAAAUACCGUUGAUUUCCAAGAUUAUGUCUGCUAGAAGUUUGAAUAUUUUCUGUGUAUUUGCUUGGUAGAUGUAAAUAGCUUGUCCUGUAUUAGUUUUAAAGGGCCCAUGUACAUUUUCCUGAGGAAUAUUCUGAAUUCGUUCCUGAACUAGCUCGUUUUAUUUAAAUGUUAGUUUUAAUAAGGAGAGGUCUUCAAUGCUGGAAAACGUGCAUUUCAUUCAUGCACAAAGAAUUAGUGGAACUGUAUGCGACACCACCAAAAAAUGGAAAGUAGAUGAUCUAAAUUGUGCUGAGUAUGCAAAUCCUCAGCAGGUGAGUGAUGUAACCUCUACGAGCAACUUGCUUGCUGCUGAAGGGGUGUCCAAUGCAGUCAACUAUGUCUUGGACCAAUCUCACAGCAGCAGUGUGGUGCCAUUUAGUGCUGCAUCUGCGUCUACUAGCUCCAACCACAACAGGAGCAUCAAAACUUCGACGGCCGUCGAGCUUCCAGUCAUUCCAAAUGUCAUCCGGACCACCACGAUAAAGUUGCAUGACACUUCCUCCUACCAGGCAAGAUAUGGGGUGAAGCGAAAGUCCAAUGAACUGGAUUCAGUUCCCGUUGUCCACUUGGUCGUCGACAACCAAUCACAUAAUCAGAGGACCCAACAGCAACAGCAGCAUCGCCAGUCCGAUGCUCAGACCCAGCCUCAAGUACAGACAGUGCCGCAGAAGAGAGGCGGUGAUCAUAGUCACCAUCACAGCUCUCAGAGGCACCACUACCACCACAAGCACAGUUCGAACACCAGUUCCUUUAAGAACUCAACUAACAACAACGGGAACCAGAAUACCACAAAGAAUAGCUCAUCCGGAAGUGAAGGGGACUAUCAGCUUGUGCAGCAUGAAGUCCUUUAUUCCAUCAACAAUCAGUAUGAAGUGCUUGAAUUUCUUGGUAGAGGAACAUUUGGACAAGUUGUAAAGUGCUGGAAGAAAGGGACCAAUGAAAUAGUGGCUAUUAAAAUAUUGAAGAAUCAUCCUUCUUAUGCUAGACAAGGGCAGAUUGAAGUUAGCAUUUUGCAUAGGCUUAGUCAAGAAAAUGCUGAUGAGUAUAACUUUGUCCGUGCUUAUGAGUGCUUCACACACAAGAACCAUACCUGCUUGGUGUUUGAGAUGCUGGAGCAAAAUUUAUAUGACUUCCUGAAGCAGAAUAAGUUCAGUCCACUUUCUUUAAAAUUCAUCCGUCCCAUUCUACAACAAGUAUUGACAGCUCUUCUAAAACUCUAAGGUCAGCGUCUUCAAUUGGGCCUCAUACAUGCAGACUUGAAACCAGAAAAUAUAAUGUUGGUAGAUCCUGUACGACAACCCUUUCGGGUGAAAGUAAUUGAUUUUGGAUCAGCCAGUCAUGUGUCCAAGGCUGUAUGUUCUACAUAUCUUCAAAGUCGUUAUUACAGAGCACCAGAAAUUAUAUUAGGUCUUCCAUUCUGUGAAGCUAUUGACAUGUGGUCCUUAGGAUGUGUCAUAGCUGAGCUGUUCCUCGGGUGGCCCCUCUAUCCGGGUUCUUCGGAGUAUGAUCAGAUAAGGUACAUCAGUCAGACUCAGGGUUUGCCGGCAGAACAUAUGCUAAACAAUGCAACAAAAACUACUCGAUUUUUUUAUCGUGAAACAGAUAGCAACUAUCCUUUCUGGAGACUUAAGACUCCUGAGGAACAUGAAGCUGAGACAAAUAUUAAAUCAAAAGAAGCCAGAAAAUAUAUUUUUAAUUGCCUUGAUGACAUGGCUCAGGUAAAUGUGCCAAAUGAUUUAGAAGGAGGUGAACUUGCAGCUGAGAAGGCUGACAGACGCGAGUUUAUAGAUCUGCUGAAGCGCAUGUUGACACUGGAUCAAGAGCGUCGUAUCUCGCCUGUGGAGGCUCUGAGUCAUAGUUUUGUGGCUCUCAGUCAUUUGUUAGACUAUGGACACUGCAAUAAUGUGAAGUCUUCAGUGACGAUGAUGGAAGUGUGUCGAAGGAACAGACAUAAUUUCGACCACAACAGCAACCAAAUUCCAAUAGUAACUGGCUUUACGUCAUCUGGCAAUGUGGCUCUCACGUUCAACAACCAACUGAACUUGCAAAACCAGCAGCGAAUCAACUUGUCUCAGCAUCAGACUUCCACAAGAGUUAGUGCUGCUCCCACUGUAAAUAACAAUUUGUAUGCUGCAACUGCAUCUCAAGCCCGUGCUGCUGACCCCUUCCAGCAUGUGGCACCUUCCCUCUGUGUAUCUUCCAUUCUUUGUCCUCCAUAUCAGAGUUUGAAUUCCCCAGCCAAGCAUAUAGUUCCUGUAGUCGCAGCACAGGCAGCCCAGCCACCAGCCUUACAAAUUCAACAGUCCUUAUUAACUCAGGUGGGAACUCACCAGUAUGUACCUGUGUCAGUUGUUGAACAAAAUGGUCGUCCAAUGUUAUUAACUAAUGCCGUACAGCCAGGUUGGCCAAGCAAUCGUCAGAUGUUUGUACCAUCUUGGCAACAGCUUCCAACACAAAGAACAUUCCAGCAACCAGUUAUCCCUGAGGCAGAAUCUUGGGGAAGGCCUUUGGUAUUAGAACGGGCUGCUUUAUUGCCAGAACAAUCUGCUGUUAUACCAGUUGAGGUUCGAGAAACUGCUGUAUACGACCAUCUGAGAGACAAUACUCAGUUGAACUCUCUGCUCCCUCAACAGGCAGCAACUCUCGCUGCUCCAAACCUCACUCAACCCUGGACAAUUAUGACGGCAGAGUCUGCCCAUUGUCCCGCACCUACCUCCAGCCAACAGCAUCGUCACAUCCAGCAGAACGUGUCGUCCCAUCGACUCAACAAGAGCAGCGUGGCCAGUGUGCAGUUACCUUCGAAACGGGUUCAGAAAACACGGCCAAGCAAGGAAAGGGAAGUGAGUCAUCAUCUGUCCCCAGCAAGAAAGAGGUUAAAAGAGAGUACCUCUCCCAAGUGGGAACAUGCAAAUGGAGACGGUCUGAGCCAUUUAUUCUCGGCCACCCAUCAGUCGAAGACUUUACCCAACCAAACGGUCCAUUGGAUGUCUCACAAUUCCAAGCCUGUAUUCAAAGCUAGCUCAAGUCAUCGGCAAUCGUCAGUGGCUGUUGACAGAGAAAUAUCAAAGCCAACCAUUGUUAUAUGUGAUACACCUAGCCCUGCUAUUAGUGUAAUCACACUUAGUUCUGACUCUGAUGAAGAAUUGGACCCUAUUGUGAUCAAAGGGAAAAUUUCAUCAGAAAAGAAAGUUAUCAAAUCGAUUUCUGGACAACACAUGACUAAUUCAGUCAUUGCAACUACUUGUGCCAGUGUUUUACCUCUCACGCCUGAUAACCAAGGAAAUCUUGCCUUGAAGCUUGGAGCAUCUGUUGGACAUGCAGCUGUCAAUUUUAAAGCCCAUCAAAGAGUGAGCUGCGUAACAGUCUUUGAUUCUGAUUCUGACGAUCAGCAUAGUCCUAUCAAGAAUCAGAUGAUUUGUGGAACGAAAGUCAUUAAACCUGAACCUCAAAAAGAGAUUUUAAACUCACGAGUGAAUGUUUGCCAGAAGAAGAGGAUAUUAUCUCAAGCCAACAUCUAUAACCAGUGUCAACUGAAUGUUGGCACUGUAGUUCAGACAAAGCAAGAGAUCAUCACCGAUGAUGAGCAGAGUACAGCUUUCCUCCAGAACCUCCAUUGUUUGCCUACGACUCAACACCAGGCUACACCUGUGGCACUCACGUCCACCGUUCCAUCGGUGCUCUCCAGCCGCUAUACGGGGACUUACACUAAAAGCUCCGAUCGGUCGUUGAAGAGUCCUUAUUGUGGGAGAGAACAGAAAUCAAGCAUUAUAAUUGGCAAUUGUGAGCAGCUGCCUUCCAAUGACGAACUGGCACGUCAUUCUCAAUUGGCCACGUCUCUACAUACCACUCCGGGACCGCAUAUCAGUCAGUCACUCUAUUUAACUACUAGUCAAGCUGACAUGUACAGUAACUACUGCAGGUCUUCAGUACAUGCUUCUUCGAGCCUCUCCCAACCGACCUACAUCUCCAGCCAGUCGCAGAAGUACAUCCUCGCCGCUGGGGAACAUUCCAACCCCGCCACCUUUGCCUCGACCCAACUGCCGGUGCCACCGCCGGCACACCACCAUGCCAGCCGCGCCGCCAUCGCGACCUCUAUCCCUUAUUCGGGGUCGAGCAGCCACCCCUUGCCUGCUCACAUGCAGCCCGCCACUGUGGGGACCUCGUCGUCGAUUCUCCCUGCCGCCGCAGUUCCUCUGGUGUCCUUCCCGUCUGGCACUUCGCAGGCCCAGGCGCCGGCACUGUACACCUACAACGCCGUCAGCCCCAUGAAGACGCAGUACCAGCAGCUAUGCCAAAUGUUCAGCGAGUAGUCGGGCGGAGUGUCGGAGAAAAGUGUGUGAAAUUUUUCUUGUUGCUUUUUCGUAUCGAGAACCUGGGUUCCGAUCUCCUGUCGCUCGGUCCGAUUCGCUUCAACCUGCAUGAAUCGCCGCCUCAGUUAUUUUGUUGCGGCUCUAAUAUUGCUUCAGUCUGUCAGAUUCAGGUCACUGCGUGUGAAUCAGCGCCUUAGUUCACUUAGUAACAAAGAUGGCAGUCUUUGCUCACUUGGAUGGUUUGUGAAAGAGAUUUCGACUGGUGAACUUUCGCUGAUCGACAUUUCUUUCACAGACCUUCCUAGCGAACAGAAAUUACCAUUUUUGUUGCCAAGUGAACUAAUUCAUUGAUGGACCUGCAUUGAAGAUAAUUGGAAUGAGUGAACCAAAAUUGGGGUUGUUGGAAACAAAAACAGCUAUCUAUAUUCACUCAGAACAGCUGAGGUUUCGUCGACUCCAAAAGUUGCAUUUUAUCAAUCAGAUCCUUAUGGUGAUGGAAUUUCAAACCAUACAUAGCCGGAUGUAAAAUCAAUAUUAUUUAUAUUUCUCUGUGUUUCUAAGUAUUAUUUUUUCCUCUGCAACCAUAUUUUCUCUAUGGGUUCUUUAAAAAGCACAGUUGAGAAAUUUUAUUAAAUAUUCCUUUUGCAUUACUAUGAUUGCAUUUUUGUUUGUAUACUAUUACUUUUGUGUUCUAUGAACCCAAAUUGCACAGUUAGCUAAACUGCUUACUAACUUUUUAACGAAGCAUAAUUUAAAAUGAAACACAGUUUUUUUGUCCAAAUUUUACUAUCCUUUCCCUGCUUUUGCAACAUUCAAUCACUUUGGCGACUGAAAUCUUUCCGUGUUUGUUGGCAAGUGAACUGAGGCACUGAUUCUCACCGGUUGAAGUGGAUCGGACUUAGCGAAGCGAGAUUAGGGCUCUGGCUUUGCGUUGUGAGUGGUGUUGUAGUGAAAUAAGCAUGGUUUGUUAAUAUAGACUUUUGUAAUGAUUUUUGUAUGAGGAUUUCAUAGCAGUUUUUAAGGACUGUAUUGACAUGGCUUUAGGUUGCUUUCAAAAAAAAAAAAAGAGAAGCUAGUCUUAUUCUCAGGAAGGCCUCGGUGAAAUAUGUUUUAUUUUUGUUUUCAACCUCAGAAAAUGUUCUGUGUAUUCCAGAGGAGGUGUAUGGGAACUUUUUGUAGUUAUGUUUUCCACUUAAAAUGUCCGGUUGAAAGCUUCUUUACCUUAGCUCAAUAAUCACUUUUCAUUUUUUUAAAAAAAUGAUGUAGUUUCAGGGAAAUAUCUGCAAAAUUACAUUGUUAAUACGCUAAGGAUUUUUGAAUGGCAUGAUGAUUUAUUAUAUGUUAGUUUUGUUUCUGCUUUUGAGCGAGAUAUGUAAUGACAUCACUGUCCUUCCACUUUAAAAACUUGUUCCAAAAAAUUAACUCAAGAAGGAAGGUAUUUAAAUAAAUGCUUAGUAUUGAUGAUACAGGUUCAAAUACAAUGACUAAAUUGCAUUGAGAAAUACUUCUGGUAUUAUUUUA